CAUGAGAGAACGAGGAAGGGUGUACUGUCCGGUCCACCCGCGGCGCACUUUAUCCGUGAUCCUCUUUCUCUCUCUAAAUUAACUCUCUCUCUUCAACUCGUUGGUUGUGUUAUCAUUAAAAACCUCACUUGUCUUCCAUGCUAUUUAGUCGAUUCUUUCGAUUCCGAGCCUCGAACAGAUCAUCUACGACUGGUUGGUCGAAAUCCAACAAAACCCACGUCGGUUUUUCGCGUGUAAUCCAAACCCAUUCGUGAAUCAUCGCCGAAAAUUGGUUCUUUAUCUCACUCCAACGACGGAUCGAGAGGUCUCAUACUCAUAUAUCUUCGUGUGUGGAGCAAGCAAUUGUUUUGUUUUUGCGUAGUUCUUCGUCUCCUCGUUGUAUAUCUUUUCCGUGAUUUUCAUAGUUUUUAUCGUCCUGAAUGCUGUUGCAGAGAAGGGAAUAUGAACGCAAAUCGCGUUCCUUCUUGUCUGUUGUUGGCAUGCAUCUUAUUGGUACGUCCGUGAAACUGCUCUGAGGGGUUGCAAGGUUUGGAGAAUGACGAGUCAGGUGGUGAAGGUCCGGAAGGACACUCUCGCUGCGUGCAUGACAUGCCCUCUCUGUAACAAGUUAUUGAGGGAGGCUACAACUAUAUCGGAAUGCCUUCAUACGUUUUGUAGGAAGUGCAUAUAUGAUAAGCUUACAGAAGAGGAGGCAGAUUGCUGUCCCAUAUGCAAUAUAGAUCUGGGUUGUGUUCCAGUGGAGAAGCUCAGGCCUGACCACAAUUUGAAUGAUGUAAGGGCAAAGAUUUUCCCUUUCAAAAGUAGAAAAGUUAAGGCACCUGAAGUUGUGCCUUCAUUGCCAGUUAGAAGAAAGGAGAGAUCACUCUCAUCACUGGUUGUCAGCACUCCCAGAGUGUCCGCACAGACUGGAUUGACUGGUCGAAGAACAAAAGCUGUUGCAAGAAAGUCUACUGCUUUACGAGGAUCCAAUUUUACUAUUGAGGAUCCAGUUAAAAAAGUGGAGGAUGCUGUGGAAGAUCGGCCGGGGAGCUCAAGCUCACCUGAGACACUAAAGAAGAUUGUUCAACAUAAAAGGCAGAAUUCUUCUACUGCUGAAUUGUCUAACCACCAGCUGCUUAAUAAAGAGAUGGAGAAUGGUGUUGAGCCAUGGGCUGGGAAAGUUGACUGGAAACCUUUAAACUGCCUGGUUGAAGCUGCAAAUAGAACGAAAUCUUUUAAGUUCAAUUCACAAGGUUCUGUUGCCAAAUCAGAACCACCAUCUGUCUCUAACAGCGAAGUGCAUGUUCCCAAAAGCAAAGUUAAAGAACAGAUGAACAAAUCAAAAGUCCAAGACAACAUAAAUGGCACUGCUACACCUCCAGGAUCUGGAAAACCUAGAAAGCUCCAUGGGAUUAGCCGGAAAAAAGCAUCUGCUUCAAGGGAACCAGGCCUGUCUGUGCAAGCUGUGCUUGAGGCUGGGGGUGUUAAACGUGACAGAAGAGCUAGUCCAAUCUGGUUCUCCUUAGUGGCUUCUGAAGACCAGGAAGGAGUUGCAGCGUUGCCUCAGAUACCUUCUCGUUACCUGAGGAUAAAGGAUGGUAAUGUACCUGUUUCCUUUAUCCAGAAGUACCUCAUGAUGAAACUUGAUCUUAAAAGUGAAACUGAGAUUGAGAUCACCUGUCGGGGUAAGCCAGUGAUGCCGACAUUGCUGCUGCACAAUUUAUUGGAUCUGUGGCUGCAGAUGGGAUCAACAUCGAAAAGAGUGCCGAUAUCUGUAGGAUCCUCAGCCAAGGAGUUCGUAAUGGAGUUGGGCUAUGGCCGGAAGAUUCAACCACCAUAGAGCAUAACAUGCCUCUACUUUUCUUCACCUGCAUAUGUUCAAUAAUCAGAAGUCUUUGGGAUCUUUUGGGCACCCUUGAUCCUGAUCUCUCGUUUCAAGGUGCCUCCAUGCAUGAAUUUUGGAUGGCAUGUACUGUUCAUUUAUGCGAUUGUCGCCCACCUGCAUGCUGCCCAACAUUGGAUAUAUUUCAGCUCUUGAUGCAAAACC